AUGAAAGAGGCUAAUCAGUCUAAAAUAACUUUUAAAAAGUUUUUAAUUACUCAUAGAACCAAAAUAACUGCUAUUUUAACAGGUUUAAGGGUUUAGCACAAUUGCAUAAACCUAAAUGCAUAAAUCCAACUGUUUUAAUUAUAACUAUAUUUCCCAUAACCACUCUUUUUAAUUAGUAUGGAAGCCCGUUAGUCCAAACAUAAUAAUUUCGCAUCUCCGCGCUACUGCUGCUGUGCUCUUAAAGGAGACGCAUCCCAAACAGGCCUAGCCGCGGCAAAAUAAAUAUGAGGUUUGCUAUAGCUUUAAGAAGUAAAUAAUGCUGAAUGUUUGUAAAAUUAUAUUUAUCAUACAACGUAACUUUUUUAUUAAUAAGCUAGGUAAUGAAAUGCUUGCGUAGUGACCGAAAAUUUACUCUUGACCGAGCUAACAAAACUUGGUUAGGGCUAGGGCCUUCUACGUUACGUUGAUCUUAAAUUUUCUAUGUUCAUAACUGACUAAUAUCAAAAGUCUGUAAGGGUCAUAACAGUUAAAUAAGAGCGACAUGGACUCGGAGGAAGACGAGGUUUCAGGUAGUCGUCCUGGGAUUGAGACAACCGGAGACUCAACGGAGGCCGCCAACCCAUCCCCGGACCCGACUGAACCGUCUAGCGGGAGAAGAGGUAGUAAAAGGCGCAUGAAAACCGCAGUGACCUCCCCGGACUUCGAUGACUCUCGGUCUGGUACCGGGGGUCCAGCGCAUGUUUUGCGAGCCAGGGGAGCUGGAGUUGGCAGGACUAGUGAGUCUAAGAAUGUCCCUUGCAAGGAAAAACCUACGAGUCUGCACCGUGGACGUGGGAGACCUGCGGGAUCACGCUCCAAAAACACACCUGUCAUGCAACUUGCAAAGUCCACAGCCAAAAAAGCAUCCAAAUACGCUCUUGGACCAAAGCUGUCCAAAUCUAGAAAGGGCAAAGAGAGACCUCCAACCCAAGCCUCUUGCACCACACCAGCAACAGCAUGCAAGCCUGAAGCAGAGAUGGAGGCUUCAUCAUGUGGAGAGGAAACAAGUGCUUUGAAAGGAAGCAAUGACAACGUUGCAGAUCCUGACGCAGCUCUCAACAAGGACCCUCCAUUCAGAGAUGACCCAAAUGACCUCAUCUAUAAAGCAGAGACAAAGACGGGAAAAUCAAGGCGGCGUACAACGUUGCAACAAAAGGAAGUCAAGAAAGAGGAGUCAGAAAAAGAGAAAGAAGAAAAUGACAUUAAAAAGGAAGAAUCAACCAAGAUUGUUGUGGAGAGUGAAGAUGGAGUGGGCGAUAACACAGAGCCACCCAGAAAGAGAGGUAGACAACAAAAAGAUGACAAAGCCCCUCGGCCACCAAAACGAAGGAAAAAACCCCCAGUGCAAUACGUCCGCUGUGAAAUGGAGGGCUGUGGUACUGUCUUGGCCCACCCACGCUACCUACAGCACCAUAUAAAAUACCAGCACUUGCUAAAAAAGAAGUAUGUGUGUGAUCACCCCUCGUGUGGGCGAUUGUUUCGUCUGCAGAAGCAGCUGUUACGCCAUGCUAAACACCAUACAGAUCAAAGGGACUACAUCUGUGAGUAUUGUGCUCGAGCCUUCAAGAGCUCCCAUAACCUGGCUGUGCACCGGAUGAUCCACACAGGAGAGAAGCCAAUACAGUGUGAAAUCUGCGGCUUCACCUGCCGUCAGAAGGCCUCCUUAAACUGGCACAUGAAGAAGCAUGAUGCAGAAGCCUCCUACCAGUUCUCUUGCUCCAUUUGUGGCAAAAAGUUUGAGAAAAAGGACUCAGUUGUUGCCCACAAGGCAAAGAGCCACCCUGAGGUGCUCAUAGCUGAAGCCCUAGCAGCUAAUGGGGGCUCGGUAAUAAGCAGUCCCACCCUGAUCCCAGAGAGUGUCCCAGUGCUCACCCAGCCUGACCAGCCCUCUGUCAGCCAGGAAAGUCAGGAAGCGGUGAGUGGUAUGCUCACUCCACUGCAUCAGGUGGUGCUCCCGCUCGCUCCACAGACUCAGAUAGAUGUAUCUCAGGGCCAGUUCUUCCAACUGCCCACGCAUCAUGUGGUGCAGGUGGCACAUCAGCAGCAAGCCCCCACCAUGCUGCACCUCACCACUGCUUCUCCUGCUCACCUCCUCUCCACCCUUCCUGCCAGCACUGUCACAUCUAUGUCCACUGCCGACCCCCAGAGCACCCUCCUCACCCUGAGCUCCGUCACCACACUGGCCUCCACAGCCUCCCUGGCUUCCCAGCAGGCUGUGCAGUGGGGCAGGGAGGCUCAUGAGGAUGCACAGCUGCCUGGGGAGGGUGAGCUGUGGGACCGGGUGGUGGUGGGUGGUGGUCAUCAGGAUGUAGGGGAAAUGAUGUGGGAGGGUAAUGGGGAGAGGAGGAAGGAAGAUGAGGGUAUUAUUUGGGAGAGAGAAGGAGAGAGACAGAUUCUGUUACAGUGUGCCGAGGUUAAUGGAGAUUUAAUCUAGAUAAAAGGCCAAAAAAUUAGCUGAACGGGAACGUCAUGCACAGUAUGCUGAAGGAGACACAAAUCAGAAGAAAGUUUUGAUUUAAGAAAGGAACAAAAGACUGAAGAACCUGUCAAAAGUUGCUACUUUGACUUUAUAAAUAUUUGAAAAAAGAGACUUUAUGUCCAUGGAGUGUAACACAGUAGUCAUAUACAGUACAUAGCUACAGAGAGCUACUUUACAUCAGGGAGUAUGAUUUAUAAUACUAUAGAUGACAUACACUUCUUUUACCACGUAAUGAAUAUUUUAUAACUUUUUGGUUUUGUCACCCUUGUGUUUGUAUAUAUGUGUGUAUGUUAAAACAUUUUUAGGAAUUAAAAAGACUGAAAGAUGAUUGUACAUAUUGUACAAGAACGUCAAAAUGACAUUUAUGUCCCAAUAGUAUCCCAGUUGUUGUUUAUAUGCAUCUUUUUGCAACGUGAAUGUAUGAGUAUCAUUGACACACUCUAGUAGUUACUUGAAAAGUUACAGGAAAAAAUGUACUGUGAGCAACAACUACAACCAAAUGAGGUUCUCUGUGUAAAAUCAUUGUUGUUAAGACAUAAAAAACAUAAACAUAAAAAAAAUGUAUUGAAUUUUUAGUCUGGACCUUUAGAUGAAUCUAUGUAUUUGUUUUGUUUGGGGGGUUUUUGCUUUCACUAGAGGUUUUGACAAAGAGAAAUCAGACAAAAUUUAAAAUAAGUAGAUUUCAAAAACUACUUAUUAAAUCCUUUGAGAAAGGUGAGAUCUUUUCUUUACAACAUGAGUCAAUGGACCUUUUUCACAGCAGACAUUUUGACUUGUCAUAGUAGGAAAGGCACAGGUGUUACUAAUAACAUUAACAUGACAGUGUGACAAUGAGCCAUCAUGCAUAAUACCAGGACCCUGAUUUCCUACUGUGACAUGUCAAAAAGGUAUUUGAUUCGUAUUCACUUUCCAGUAGUGUCACUUCCCUUCCAAAUUGUACCCUAUGCCAUCUGAUUUUAAUUUCCCAUUCUUGCUUUAAUAUUUUUUCACAGUUAAGACUAUGCAGGCAGCAGUAUUAUGAUGGAAAUAGUUUUUGUCAGCAAUUUUGUUUUGAAGCGAUAAUAAAAUAUACCUCUGUACACUGCCACUACUACUGAGCACUCCUAAUCUUACAAUUUUAAUUUAUCUGAAAAUGUACUCAGAAUAACUAUAAUAAACAGAUUAUGUUCUGAA